CUUUUUUUUUUUAGUUUCUCCUACCGACUACUGUUGGAGGUUUACGUGGCUGGUCUAUCAAACAAUUACGUGGUUGUCUUUACUGCAGUUCUCUUCCUUGCCGUAACAGAUUUUCUCUCUUCCACUCGCCCAACGCUUUGCUUCUCGAUGUCCCCUGCUCGCCCAAGUCUCUUUCUUGACCCGUCUUUUUUCUUUCUCGACAACCUCAGAGCCAAGCGCCACCACCGCCGAUUCCGGCGGACGCUGGCCGUCUCCCGUGCCGUCACCUGCCGGCAGGACUCUACCCUGGUCUUUUCCUUUCCAAAUCUCUCAAUCCUCUCUCCGUUCUAGACUUGACAUCCCUCCCGCGGAAACCCUAUUAUUUGUGUUGGGGUAAUCUGUGCGGCCGUGCUGUGCCCGACGGCUGCUCUGCUCGUGCCUCCGGCUUGGUCUCUUUGCCUGCUUCUCCUCUCUUCGAUUCAUCGGUUCACAUGUUAUGUGCCUUCGGGUGCACGGCUGCCGUCUAACCCUCACAUCUCUUCUGUGGCUGCCUUCCACACCUGCAGCGACCAGAGCAAGGGACUUUUUAGCAGCUUCUCCUCUACUUUUCGUCUCUAUUUUUUGUUCGUUUCGUUUCUGGAUUCUGUCCUUACAAUUUGAUUUCGUUGUGAUGGACUCGAUGAAAUAUAUAUCUUUUGGCACUUUGAUUUACCAAUUUUUAUGUCUGCAACCAAGAUUGUGGAUGCAUGGUGGCGACUGGCGACUGCUUGCUACGGUCAUCCCAACAAUUGUAGUUGGCCAGAUCAUCCGCCUCAAGUGGUGGCGUGACAAGAUCUCUGGCAAGGUUGGCAUACGCGAGCGCAAGAUCCCCAUCCCGAGCACCCACAUCUCUAAAUGCGUCGGAGCUAGCUUGAUACCUGUCAACAUCGCUUGCACACCAUCUGCAUCAACCAGUACCAUGUGCCCAGCAGGAAUUGUUAUACUUUGUGAGAUGCUUCCGUGGAUUCAUUUCAUGAUUUGGAAAGUACUAUUUUAAUUUACAAUGCUCUCAGAUAUUAUGAUAUUGGAUGAGAUGCUUCCUGGUAUUAGUUUACUCUUUGAUUUUUUUCCCGUUGGUUCUUAAUGUCAAUCAAAUAUUGGGUAGAGAAAAAGGUAUACACAUAUAUUUUGCGCAGGCUAUUUGGGUGCAUGUUCAAUGGAGACACGCGCGUCACUGCCGGCAAGAAAUUCACAGCCUUUGGUUCUGUUUCAAGGCAACCAGUACAUACAUCCAUAAAGCCAUAGCCAUGUAGUAAUCUGCAGAAAUUUAGAUCAAUAUUUGAUGUACGGGAUAAAAACAAUUGUUGUCAUCAGCAAGAGUGUUAGGAUGAUUUUUCCAUCAGCAAGUUUCGACUGCGCCAAUCCGGAUACUGAGGAACUUUUGCCUUAUUUGACUACUUUGCAUAAUUUGCAAAUAGCAGGGGAAAUUGGUGGUGUAGAGAGAUGACAUUGACCUAUUCUGUAUUUUUAAAAUUAAUAUUGUAACUCAUCAUCCGCUGGAUGUGAUUUAUUUUGGGUA